CCAUCUCGCCUUCUCAACUCCUCUAUGCUCUGGCUCUGCAGGUCCAUACAAUACUACCAACGACUAUCAUCCCCCCACACUCGACUUUUACAAAGACCUUGCCUCGCCAUCGCUCACUUUCACAACUCUACCGCAUCGAAAAUCGCCAUGCCUGAAGUGACGAAUCGAGCACCCUCUCGAUCACCUUCUCCACCACCCAAGAGAGCUCGUAUCGACGGACCUAGCGUUACCCAAACCACUACUAGUACAACGGAUACAUCAGCACCUCCUCCGAUAUCCAUCACCUCUGCCGACAAUGCUACCUCUUCCAUCUCUGCGAAACCGGCCGCACCAACGGAUUCGACGCUCGCCGAACAGGUCGAAGCGGAGAUGAAUCUCCCGCUAGAAUACCCCCCAACUGAGGUUGCAGGUCGACGUGAGAUUGUGUACGAGGACAAAUUGGUCCUGGCCCCGAUGGUUAGGACGGGGAGCCUGCCUACCAGGCUGCUCUCGCUGCAUUACGGAGCGGGGCUCGUCUGGGGCCCAGAGGUGGUGGACAAGGCGAUCAUCGGAGCAGAGAGGAUUGUGGACCCGAAGACGGGCGUGAUCACCUAUUCUAAGAAGGGCAUGGAGGGAAAACCAAUUUUCCAAUGCCAUCCUGUGGAACGUCCAUUCCUGAUCUUCCAGAUCGGCUCGUCCGACCCGGAGUUGGCGGUUCAGGCUGCCAAGGUUGUCCAGCAGGAUGUCGCCGGAUUUGACCUGAACUGCGGGUGUCCGAAACCAUUCUCUGUACACUCGGGCAUGGGCGCAGCCUUACUCUCGACCCCUGACCUCCUGCUCGACAUCCUUCGAGCGCUCCUCCGCGAGAUUCCACUUCCCAUCUCGUGCAAGAUUAGGUUACUCCCCGAACAACCCUCGACGCUCCACCUGGCCGCUCGGAUCCUGCGUACCGGCGUCAGGUGCUUGACCGUACACUGUAGGACGAGGGAUAUGAGAAGCUCGGUCAAGGCGCUUUGGGAUAGAUUGGGGGAUAUCGUCGAGCUCGGUCGAAGGAGGGGGGUACCCGUCGUGUGUAACGGGGAUGGAGAAGGAUGGGCGAAUUGGGAAGCGAUCCGAGCGAAGACGGGCGUGUCGUCGGUCAUGAUCGCUCGGGCGGCGGAAUCCAACCCGUCCAUCUUCCGACCUCAAGGACCCGUGUCAACCGUGGAAGAGCUCGUUCCCAACUUGUUCUUGCCAACCGUCGUCUACCUGAAGAACCACUUUUCAAACACGAAGUUCCUGCUCGCCCAGUUCAAACCAUCGCCACCUCCCAUCUCUCAGAUGAAGAAGCACGAAAGGCAGGAAUACACUCAGGCCGUUGUCACGGCCAAGACGAUCGAAGAUGUCCUUGCGGUCUGCAAGCUCGAUAUGGAAGAGACUAGAAGCAAGGGAGAAGAAUUCGUCAAGGAUCUUCGCAGAGAACUUAUCAGCCGAGAUCCGACGGCGUACGGCGACGAGGUUGGGGAAGAGGACGUGCCCGUUGAGGAUCAGCCGACGAUUUGGGACAAGCGAAAAGAUGUCGAGGAUCGGGGUGAUAACGUGGACGAGUUGCCCAGUGAGGGGGUCUUGCAGCAGGAAGAAGAUGACGAGGAGGCGGCGUUGAAUGCCUGAUCGCUUAAAUGGCGUCGACUAUACUGUAUUAUUACUGUCCAACUAGCAUCUCCCCGAGCAUCCUCCUUCCCAUCUUGACACAUCAUAUGCUUCGCAGAUCCUGCUCCCCCAACAGGAUAGCGCCCAACAAGGUGAUUGCUCUCAAAGUCCGGCGGCCUUGCUGUAACCUAGCUACGUAUAUCACCCAACCAUGAAGUCGGUUCUGAUAUCAAUGGCCUGUAAGAGUUGCCGUACCCUGAUCCCAAUCUCCCAUAGCAGCGAAUAAUAUUGUCACUGUUUAGCGCAAACAUUCUCCCUUGUCUUCCAUGCGAUCUUUUUCGCUCAGAUGGCAAGAUUUCGG